CUAAGAGAUCACACUCAGGUGAAGACUCUAUGUACCACCUACAUAGCUAGAGCUACCAUUCUAAGAGAUCACACUCAGGUGAAGACUCUAUGUACCACCUACAUAGCUAGAGCUACCAUUCUAAGAGAUCUCUCUCAGGUGAAGACUCUAUGUACCACCUACAUAGCUAGAGCUACCAUUCUAAGAGAUCACACUCAGGUGAAGACUCUAUGUACCACCUACAUAGCUAGAGCUACCAUUCUAAGAGAUCACACUCAGGUGAAGACUCUAUGUACCACCUACAUAGCUAGAGCUACUAUCCAGCCAAUGUAAAAUGAUGGACAACUUGAAGUACCAAGGAAAAACAUCACUAUGGCAUACUCUUAAAACGCAUGCACACUA